AGAGCAUAGAACCAAGAAUAAAACGGCUUCUUCUUCUACUUCCUCUUCAUGCUGUCAUAGUGCAUUUGUUUCCUUCUUCUCUCUAUCUUCUGUCUGUAUAAUUAUCCGAAGCUCUAUUUUUAGCAUUCAGAUCUCAGAUCGUUUACUCUUUUGCUCUUCCUGCCAUUUCUUCGGUUCAUUUGGAGUUCGGAAAUGGUGGAUUUAGGGUUUCGAGAAAGUGCAUUUUCAGGAUUUUAAAUUUGUGUUAUGUGGUUUUGAGUUAUUGGUGUUAAAGUGAUGGGGAAAUCCCCUGGAAAAUGGAUCAAAGGGCUACUCUUUGGGAAGAAAUCAUCCAAAUCUAAUUUGUCAAAGGGAAGAGAAAUUUCAAAACAUGCAAGCAAGGGAGAUGCAUUAGUUUGUGCUAAGGUACCAGCAUCUGAUUUGACUGUUGAUGCUCCCUUGACUUCACUCCCUGUUCCUCUCACCACUGCUAGAAAUGGAGUAGUCUCAGACUCAGAAAAGGGAACAGCUUCUAGAUUACCAAAUGAUGGAGUUAUUUUAUCAUCUUCAAAGGAAAAUGGGGAUACAGAAACAAUCAUGAAUUUGGGUUUAUCAAAAGAUCCUGAAAGAAUCAGACAUGAACAAGCUGCAACAAAGGCACAAGCUGCAUUCAGGGGUUAUUUGGCUCGACGAGCAUUUCGAACCCUUAAGGGCAUCAUAAGGCUUCAAGCACUUGGUCGCGGCCGUUUGGUUAGAAGACAAGCUAUAGCCACCUUAUGCUGUGUGCAGGGAAUUGUUAAGUUCCAGGCACUGGUUCGUGGCCGAAGUGUCAGACAUUCUAAUAUCGGGACUGAAGUGCAUGAAAAACUGAGUGCGAGAAAAUUUCCGGAUGCCAAAUGUUCAAACUCUUUUGGGUUACAAACAUCUAAUCAGGCAGAGAAGCUGUCAAAAAAUGUUUUUGUCUGUACGCUUCUUGCUUCAUCACCUACAUCAAUGCCUCUGCACCUUCAGUAUGGUCCUGGGGAGCCAAACUCAGCCUGGGAUUGGCUAGAACGUUGGACGAAGUCACAUUUUUGGGAACCCCUAACAAAACCCAAAAAGAUUAUUGACUCAAAGUCUCAGAAAAAGCGUGGCACUUCUCAAACGGUAGAAACUGAUCGAAGUAGGCCAAAGCGAAGUGUUCGAAAAGCAACCAGUGCAAAAUUUGAAAAUGGAUCUACUCAGUCCACAUUAGAGUCAGAUAAACCUAAACGCAACCUGAGGAAAGUUUCAAGCCAUCCAGUAGAUUCUGUUCAGGAGCAUCCAAAAAAUGCAACUGAGAAGACUAAAAGUAAAUUAAGAAAAAAUCUGAAAUCCACAUCAGAUGCUUCUGAUCAGCUAGAGGUUAAAGCUGAGAAACCCAAGCACAGUCUGAGGAAAUCAUCAAGCGCUGCCUCUGAUGCCCCUGAGCAGGGCACUGGGGAUUCUCUUAAAAAGAUCAAGAAGGAUAUGGCAGUGACAGUGUCAAAACAGUCUGAUAUUGAGACAAGUCUGAAACCACUUGUUGAAAAUGAGCUAGUUGAUGAUGUACAUGAUCAUACUCUGGCUGACUUGCAAUGUGUGGAAAACAAUGGUAAAAGCGAGAAUAUUCCUGAAGUGAACAAGGACAUGAGCUAUAAGGAUAAUGAUAUUAGCAAUGAUGACCAGAAAACCAGCCAGAGAAGAGCUUCUUUACCUGGAAAGUAUGAUUAUCAAGAGAAUGGGUUACAUAACACACCAAGACUGCCUAGCUAUAUGGCAGCAACUGAAUCUGCGAAGGCCAAACUGAGAGCAUUAGGCUCCCCGAGGUUUGGCCAAGAUGAGGCUGAUAAGAAUGGUAUCACCAGACGACAUUCUCUACCAUCAUCUUCUACCAAUGGCAAGUUGAGUUCAUGGUCACCACGAGCGCAAAGACUGGUCCAAGCAAGUGGCAAAGGAGUGUUCAGAAGUGACAGAUCUUUAAUGUCUUCUAGAGACGGUAGUGAGAAGUUGCUGCAACCAGAGUGGAGGAGGUGAUUGUGCACAAAGGUUCCAUAGAAAAAUUAUGUCAAGUGGUAAAGAAAGUAUGUCUUUUCUGCAGUGUCUUUUAUUUUUUAUUUUUCCUCGUCUUUAGGCUUUUGCAAUAGAAUAUUUAAACUUGCAAGAUCAUAGGAACUUUUGUCAUACCGUGUGAUGUUGGAGAUUGAAUACUUGCUUCUUUUUGCUACUCAAAUUUUAGUGUUAAUAUUAAAUGAUGCUGAGUUCACCAUUUAAGCUAA